AGGUUUGAAACUGGUUGAGAUCCAUUAAAAACAUAUAAUGAAAUGGACAUGAAUUGAUAAAGACAACAACUUUCUUUUGACACCCAUGCUUUGUGGUAGCAGUCAUUUGGAUUGUAAUCUGUGCUGUUUGUCACAGUGAUAAAUUGAGCAACUUUAAUCCAAUUUGUUUAAAUUUGAUCUCCAAAGGUCAAGGUCAAUGCAUGGGAUCAACAUUUUGCCUUAUUCUAAUGCAUGGAAACACAUUGAAAGAACUGCAAUUCAGUUACAGAUUUUAUCAAUAAAUGUUUACACGUCGAUUUGAACCACGUCGAUUUGAACCAAGUUACUCCAGGCUUCCUAACGCGUUGUGCGUGAUCCGGUUGCAACUAGACCACACGGAAGUACAUGAAUAGAUGCGCCACCGAUUGCGAUCCUGCGGGGGAACCAGGAACACACUGUGGACUCAAGUGUGAAUGCAAUGAGUUGUCAGUCCUCAUACAACAACUGCGUGGGCGGAAAAACAACAACCGCAGCAGAGAAGCAGACCAGUCACCGGGACCUGAAUGAGCCUCUUAUCGACCACAUCGAGGGCCAACUCUUCUUGAACGAAACCUUCAAAAUUAUUGUGGAGGAGGUGCUCCGAAAGGGCACAGAUGUUAAGGAGAAGGUUUGUGAGUGGAAGGAGCCGGAGGAGCUCGCUCUGCUGCUGGAUCUGGAGCUGAGAGCGACAGGGGAGCCGCAGCACAGUCUCCUUCAGAGAGUAAAAGAUGUCGCCAAGUACAGCGUCAAGACAAGUCACCCACGCUUUUAUAACCAGCAGUUUGCCGGAGUGGACUAUCAUUCCUUGGCUGGACGAUUUCUCACUGAGGCACUCAACACUAACCUUUUCACCUAUGAGGUGGCCCCUGCGUUUGUGCUGAUGGAGUCUGAGGUUCUGAGAGGGCUGCGUCAGAUGGUGGGCUGGACAGAGGGUGAUGGUAUUUUCUGCCCCGGGGGGUCAACCUCGAACAUUUAUGCCAUGAACCUCGCACGCUACCGAUUCUUCCCAGAGGUCAAAAGCCAGGGGCUUUGGGGUCUCCCAAGACUGACCAUCUUUACAUCUCCAGAGAGCCAUUACUCCGUGAAGAAAGGGGCUGCAUUUCUGGGUUUGGGUACCGACAAUGUUAUUUUGGUGAAAGUGGAUGAUGGAGGGCAUAUGAUUCCAAGGGACCUGGACGAGAAGAUAAUGCUGGCAAAAUCUCAAGGUGCAGUGCCGUUUCUUGUCAGCUGCACAGCAGGGACGACGGUUCAGGGUGCCUUUGACCCACUGGACCUCAUCGCUGGUGUCUGUGAGAAACACAAGCUCUGGAUGCACAUAGACGCUGCCUGGGGAGGGAGUGUGCUCUUUUCAAAGCAACACAGACAACUGAUGAAAGGUGCCGACAGAGCUGAUUCAGUGGCCUGGAAUCCACACAAGAUGCUGGUGGCUGGUUUGCAGUGCUCCGUCCUGCUGCUGAGGGACACAACGAAUUUGUUGAAGCAGUGCCACAGCGCCAACGCCACAUACCUCUUCCAGCAAGACAAAUUCUAUGAUGUCAAUCUGGACAUUGGGGAUAAGUCAAUGCAGUGCAGCCGCAAGGUGGACUGUCUGAAGUUGUGGUUGAUGUGGAAAGCUGUUGGCUCUGAUGGCUUGGCAGAGCGUGUAGACAGAGCUUUUAUCCAUGUCAGGUAUCUGGUGGAGCAGAUGAAGAAAAGAGAAGGGUUCCAUCUCUUGAGUGAGCCAGAGUUCGUGAAUGUAUGUUUCUGGUACAUACCGCCCAGUCUGAGGGGGAAGGAAGGAAAUGCAGAUUAUCAGGAGAGGCUGGCAAAAGUUGCUCCAAUCAUCAAGGAACGCAUGGUGAAACAAGGCACGAUGAUGGUCGGCUACCAACCUCUGGGAAACAGAGUCAACUUUUUCCGUGUGAUUGUGUUCUCGCCCCUUGUUUCCCAGAAAGACAUGGACUUCUUUCUUGAUGAAAUCGAAAGACUGGGAAACGAUUUGUGACCGAAAUCACAAUUUAUCAGAUUCAAACCCUUUUCUGAGCCUGAAAUUGUAAUGUCACAAAAAAUGUUUGUUUUUUUAAAAACAAAGUCGCUGUAGUAUGUGAUUGAUGUGAUUUGCUCAUUUCAAGCAGUCACCAUGAAAGAUAAAGAAGGCUAUGAGGUUUGAAAAACCAUAGACCAAAAUAUUAACCAUGAAUGAAUGAAUAUAAUUAAGACAUUGUCAUAAUCCUUGAUGACACAUGACGGUGGCCUUCAUUUUAAAGUUGUUUUGAAACUUUUCCCAUGAAUUAAACAACUGUUCUGAAAUUG